AUGUCGACUUCCUCAUGGCUGUCGUCAUUGACGCAGCAUGGAUCCAAGCCACCGUUUAUGCUCAAAGCUAGAAGCUCGGAUGCAUUCAUCAUCGGGACUGUGUCUUUGGCCGUCUUUACAGACAUGUUUCUGUACGGCGUCAUUGUACCCGUCAUCCCAUUCGCAAUACGUUCGCGUAGUCACAUUGAGGAGGACCAAGUUCAAUAUUGGGUCUCGGUACUGGUUGCUGUAUAUGGCGCCGCUCUUCUUGCAUUCUCGCCCAUAUGCGGAUGGCUUGCGGACCGCGGGUCGACGCGUCGCUUUCCGCUUCUUCUGGGCUUGUUCGUUCUCCUAGGAGCUACAAUCCUGCUGAACCUUGGCAAAUCGAUUGGAGCUUUGAUUGUCGGAAGGCUCCUGCAGGGGGCUUCGGCAGCUGUGGUAUGGGUUGUUGGUCUGGCCCUGUUGGCUGAUACGGUGCCCCAGGAACGACUCGCAACUGCUGCUGGGUGGCUGACCAUAGGCAUGUCUAUCGGAAUGCUCAUAUCGCCUCUACUCGGUGGCAUAGUCUACGACAAGGCUGGUUAUAAUGCCGUCUUCGGCAUGUGCUAUGCAUUAGUCGGCUUGGAUGUGAUUCUCAGACUGUUGCUCGUGGAGAAGAAGGUGGCUGCGAGAUGGGACGCAACAGUCAUGGGACGCUCAUCUGGCGAGGGAGACGCAUCCUCAGAGGAUAAAGAACUAGGCUCCAUCGCCAUCGCAAGUCGAAGCGACAGCUUAGGUCUCACCAGGACGGCAACUCAGCAAGACGCGGAGUCUGCUGAAGCGCACCAAGAAAGUCCGCCUCGGCAACGUGUGCGCGAUCGCCUUCCUCCCGUGCUUUCACUCCUGUAUUCCCGACGCCUGCUUGCCUCGCUAUUCUGUGCGCUCAUUCAAGCAACAUUGUUGACGGCCUUCGACUCUGUUCUCGCCAUCCACGCCGCCAACACAUUCAACUGGUCCUCGACAGGCGCUGCGCUUCUUUUCCUCCCGAUCGUCAUACCGAGUUUCCUCUCGCCGUUGUGGGGCUGGUUGAGUGACACAUAUGGAGGGCGCUAUGUGGUUGUCGUGGGCUUUCUUGGGGGAUGCCCUCCCCUCGUCUGCCUCCGGUUUGUCGAUGAGAACACGAUGAAGGACAAGGUGCUGCUAUGCGCGUUACUGGCGGUCACGGGGCUCUUUGUAGGCAUGACGUUCGCGCCGGUCAUGGCAGAGGUAUCGGCUGUCGCUGAGGCCAAGGAAAGAAAGAUGAUCGCAGAUGGACGCCCAGGAUUCGGCAAAGGCGGUGCAUUUGCGCAGGCUUACGCACUAUACAACUCCGCGUUCGCUGCCGGCUGCAUGGCGGGACCUCUGUUGGCCGGGUUUCUUGCGGAGGACAGCGGCUGGGGGACUAUGGCGGCCGUCUUGGGCGCGCUGUCUGCUGUCACUGCCGUCCCGGGUUUUCUCUGGCUAGGUGGAUGGGUGCUAGCAAAGAACUAG